AAUCCUUGUAAUGGUGAACAAAUCGACUGAACACUUAAAAUGUCUUUGCACUGUCUCUGAUGGCAUGCAGAUAAGCACUAGGUUGCUAUGGAGACACUAACAAAACCCAGCUUCCGGUCUUGUGUAUUUUCAGCACUACACACACACACACACGCGCACGCACACAGUUACACAGUUACAAAUGAUAUACAUGAGCUGCAUGGAGGUGAAGUUAAUGUUCUGUGAUGUGUGUUAGUGUGUGUUCUGUAAGCAGGGUGUGUGUGUGUGUGUUUUACACCAUGCCCAUUUCUUCAGGUGCUGCAGUGAGUCAGAAGCAAGGCUCCUACUUGAAGAGGUAUCUCGGUAGUCUUCCUCAGAAGAAGCGGAAGGUUCUGGAGAACUCUUUGGAGGCUGCGUGUGUUCCUGAAGCAGCUGGAGAGGACCCGGAGGAUCUGCUCGAAGAUGUGCAGACGGAGAACCACUCAGACGAGGGUCAGAGUGGAGAAGGAGACGCAGCUGGUGAAAAAAGAGUUUCUAAAAAGUCUUCAGCAUGCACUGUGUUAUAACACAGCCUUGUUCAGUCGUGUUUAAAUGGAGUUUUGGUUAGAGAUAAAGCACUGAAAUCUUCAUCUAAUUCAUCUAACACGUGGCUCAGUUUGGUUAAUGCAAAAUAAAAUAAUAAUAAUAAUAAUAAUAAUAAUAAUAAUAAUAAUAAUAAUAAUAAUGCAGGGAAGCAGAGAAUGGUUUAAAUCAUCCUGUUAAUACUGAGAUAAUAAAAUUCAAACUGAGCCCUAAAUUAAUUUGAUCCUUUAACUCUUCAUGAGAUUCGCCUGAUCGCCCUGUAAAUUAAACACUGAGUCAAUAACAACACACACACACACACACACACACACACACACACACACACACACACAUUAACACACACUGAAAUAACUGCUUAUCAAAACUCAAAGUUACAGAAGAUAGAUUUAUUUUGGUUAAAAAUAUUCCAGAAUAUAAAAACAAUCAAAUGUCUUACACACUUACACUAUAUUUACACACAGUUACACACAGUUGCGCUAUAUUUAUUACAGCUGCAUGGUAACGCACACGUCCCUGACAACAUGGAUAAAAAAGUGUUUUAAAAUACUACGUGUGUGAGAUUUAGGGCCGGGAGGGAAGGGGACUUCUAUCUUAAUGUUAAACCUACUGUUAUUCUUUGUUAGAGGAGCUCUUUUGUAAUGUGUGUAAGCGCUCCUCUCUGUUUUGAUGAUGAUGAUGGGAUGAAGCAGGAGCACUGCAGACGUUUUGUCAGUCUGAUUAUCUGAUUGUCUGAUUAUCUGAUUAUAACUGAAUGGAUUCAGUUGCGUUACGGAAGUUAACAAGUGAACAAUGUGCUCAUCACCUUGUAUAAUCACAGAGCAAGUCAUGCUUUGUAAACCUGAUGUGUAGUUUUGUUGCUAGUGUUGCACACAUAGUGUUACUGGAUAUAUAACUAAACACCGAAUAAAGUAAACCAAAAUGUGCAAUCUCUCGGGCUGAUUAAAUGGGUUCAGUUUAUAUCCGUAAACGCCCCAGUAACAGGGCUCAAGUACUUCACAAGGCUACGAGUGAACUGCAGUAUGCAGGAACUCACACUAUGAGCUGGUUGUUGUUGUUUUUUCAUUCACAGUGUGCGUUGUUUACAGAACACAAAUACAGCCAG